AUGGGUGGAGGACCUUUCUAUAACCACAACAUGAUCAACACCAUGAAUAAUUAUAUACCACUAACUGAGCAAUCGCAGCAACAGCAACGAGUAGACGACGAGCAUGAGCAGAGAAGACAGCAAUAUUACACUAGAUCAACGUAUAACCCAUUUGUUCAUCACCAACCAAGCUGGUCAUCCAACUCGACAUCCGCCUCUGUCGCUUCUGUUUACCCAAGCUACGAUCCUUCUGAAUUCCAGUUGGAUCCGAUACCAUUGAUUGCACCUGAAUUACCACCUCGACCAGCAGCCUACCGACAUACAUCAUCUGAAGUGCCAUCAAGGCGUACUUCUGUAUACAAUCAAACGCCUAUUCUACAACCAACAACCAGCGUCCAACACAAUAACAGCAAAGUGCGAUUAGUGUACACAAAGUCUGGUUUCUAUCUCAAAUCAACCAACCCAUUGGAAGAUCACAACAUUCAUGGAUUCUUGGCCGUUUUCUCAAAAUCAAUGGAUAAUGUGGAUGUUCUGAUAGCGUGGAUUCCAGAGUACUUGAUUGAACCGCACGACAUUGUCAAGUUUAUCGAGUUGGACGGUGUGCUGGCUUCUGAUCAAGGCUUCCCUAGCAUCGAUUUGAAUUUUGGACAAGCAGAAACCAUGACCAUUGCGCUCAAGAAUGUGUAUUCAUUGUAUGUCUGUCCGCCAUCACCCUCAGUACAAGGAUCCAUUGUUAUUACCUCUCGCUCGGGCGAUGUGUUGAAGCCUCUAUGGUAUUCUGCUUCUGAGCAAGCAAGUUAUCAAACGGAUUCCGCCACAUGGCCAGGCUAUAAUAUCAUUGAUAUAUUGAGUGCCUUCAACCCUUUAAAGAGUUCAAGGGAUAUGCGGCAUGUUCACUUGGUCGAGAAUGAUACAACACCAUUUACAUCACCAGCAAUGACAGCAUCUACGAUGAUGAGUGUUUCAAACAAUGUGCCUGAGAGCUCUACUUUAGCAGCAGUUAAUCAACCAUCAAGCGACCCUUCCUCAUCUACAGCACCAGAUCCCAUUGUGAAGGCUCUACGAGAUGCUCGAUGGACAUUACUGGAGCGACUCUCAAGAAUCACUCAGUAUUCAAAGGAUACAGCCGUGCAAAUGCUGGAGCAUCCCAUGGCAAGACCCAUCCUCCCAUUACUACCACCCUCAGUACAAGGACUUAGUCGAAAUUACACUGUACAAAAUACGCUGAAUGAAUAUCAAAUGGCAUCACAGUACUUGGCCCAUUGGGGAGGAGACAACUCAAAUGAUCACUACCUAGCGGACGACGUGGAUGGAUUAUUGCAUGGUAUGCCAGAGCUGUGUGGUCCAACACCAAUACAUACCAGACGAGAACCUGUUUCGCCAGAAGAAUGGGUGCUGUUCUUUGACGAUGAAGGCAAGCUAUGCGUGUCAGUGGAUCACAUUCGACAGCUUGUGUUUCAAGGAGGCUUGGAUGCUGAUAUUCGCAUUGAAGCAUGGAAGUUUCUUUUGGGCAUCUAUCCGUGGGACUCUACGUUUAAUGACCGUGAAGCCAUGCGUCGCAGUCGAGCAGAAGCGUAUUACAACAUCAAGGCAAACUGGUUUGACCAUCCCGAGAUUCGCAACACAAAGGACUUUCAGGAUGAAAAGCAUCGCAUUGAUAAAGACGUACAUCGUACAGAUCGAUCCCAAGAAGCAUUUGUCGGUGAAAACUUACCAAACCCUGAUCCUCUCAUGGCGGUGGGUACCAAUGCGAAUCUGGAGAUCAUGAAGGACAUCUUGGUCACCUACAAUUUUCACAAUACCGAGCUGGGCUAUGUGCAAGGUAUGUCUGACUUGCUGGCUCCCUUAUUUGUCGCCAUGGGCGAUGAAGCGAUGGCGUUCUGGGCUUUCACUGCUUUCAUGGACCGUGUCCAGUCAAACUUCUUUAUGGAUCAAUCAGGCAUGCAUGGACAACUCAAGACAUUGAACUCUUUAAUACAUUUCAUGGAUCCUGAGCUGUACAAACGUUUGGAAGACACAGAGACGUCCAAUCUCUUCUUUUGCUUUAGAUGGUUGUUGGUAUGGUUCAAGAGAGAGUUCGAGUGGGAAGAUGUUAUUCGCCUAUGGGAAGUGCUAUGGACAGAUUAUCUAUCCGAUAAGAUAAUCUUGUUUAUCGCACUAGCUGUGAUUGAUGCCCAUCGAAAGACCAUCCUAGAGGAACUGAAUCAGUUUGACGAAAUAUUAAAGUACAUUAACGAUUUAACUGGUAACAUUUCCUUGGAGCCCACCUUGGAGCGAGCAGAAGUUUUGUUCUAUCAAUUUGAACGUAAAGUAAGAGCAAUGCAACACAAAAAGGCAAUGCUUCAAGAACAGCUGGAAAUUCGAUCUGUCUGGAAUAGCAGUGAAAGACCUAAAAUUCAGGAACGAAUCGAGAAACUGGAUGUCCCUGCAAAUCUUUUGACACUGUUACCUCCUCCAUCUCCUCCAUCCACGCCUAAUCCAACAUUUGAUUCUGAUAAGAAGAGUAAAAUUAUGUAUUAA